AUAUACCAUUAUUCAUAUGUACAUAUAUAAAUAAGUAUUACAUUAUAUAAACUUGGAAUUCUUUAAAAACAUUGAUAUAUUACGAUUUAGUUACUAUAAUUUCAAAUAAAUUUCUUACUUUGAUAUGUAUUGGUUACAACAGAAGUAGAAAAAAUGUAUGAAUCAAAAUUUUAAGUAAUAUUUACAUAGGCCUUCUUUUGAGCCUACGAUUCAAAGAAAAAUAAUACACUUUCAUAUACAAUGUAUGAAACUUCAUGUUUCCUUGGCAACGUGCUCAAAACGUAAAUCAAAACAUAACGUGGAAAACCGACGAAAAGUAUUGCGAUUUAUUUGAAACUUGUCUUUAGAAGAAGAAUGUCGUUUCGUGACUUGAGAAAUUUUACGGAAAUGAUGCGAGUCCUUGGUUAUCCUAGAUUAAUUUCUGUUGGAAAUUUUCGACUGCCAAAUUUUCCACUGGUUGCUGAAAUUCUUGUUUGGCUACUCAAAAGAUUUGACCCAGAUGCAGAUAUAGCUAGUGAGCAUAAUACCGAAGAAGAGCGUAUUUCAUUAAUACGUGCAGUUGCUGAAUUUAUGGCUUUAAAAACAAGUGUCAAAUUAAAUACAAAAAAAUUAUACCAAGCUGAUGGAUAUGCUGUGAAAGAAUUACUAAAAGUAGCCACAUUACUAUACGAUGCACAAAAUAAUAGUAUUAAUAACAGUAUAAUGUCUGAUGAUAAUUUUAGUACAGUUAGUUUUGACAUUUCCAAUAAAGUAAAUGAAUUGAAAUCAACUAGGCAGUUAGCUAGUCAGUUGACUGUUACUGGUGCAUCACUUUUUGACUUAUUAGGUCGUGAAGUUGACCUCAGAGAGAUUCGUAACUCAAAAGUUGCUAGACAAUUUGAUAUCACAGAAAUUGAGAUGGCCUUGAAAAGUGUUAUAGAAAAUGUACAUAAAGAAAUUGUUGAUACCAGAAAACAAAUUGAGAACGUUAAGGACACAGAGCAAAGUUUGGAUACAAGAAUUGAAAGACGACGUGCAGAGCUUGACAGAAACCAAAAGAGAUUGCAAACAUUAAGAAAGGUACGCCCAGCUUUCAUGGAGGAAUUUGAGAAACUUGAAGUUGAAUUGAGAGUCUUAUAUGAUGACUACAUUCAAAAAUUUCGUUAUCUUGCAUACCUUGAACAUCUGUAUGAAGAUGCAGCUAAGACAGAACAAGAAAGAUUUGAAAGACGGCAAGAAACAACACGGAAACAAUUAGAAAAAAUGAGGGCAGAAGACGCUAACUUUGAAAGUAUAAUGGAAGGAAAUGAUUCCAUAUUACCUAUUAAUCUUCAAGAGCCUCCACCUCCUCUCGCUGAUACAGAAAAACAAAAUACUGAGAAAACAACACCAACUAGUCGAUUGAAAUCAGCUGGUCGAUCAUCGAGAACACAAAUAUCACAGCGUCGUAUUUACGGAAGUAUGUCUGGACGUCAGAGAGGAACUAUUCAAGAAUCAAAUGACAGUGGUGGCUCUCUAGAUAGUGACAGUGAUUUGUUAAUCGAUGGUGAUCUCGAUGACGACGAUGAUGAUGAUAUUCUAGACUCUGUAGGAGGACCAGAAAUUGGGAAUUUUGAUUUGAAGGUUGGACAAGAAAAACGAGCCGUUAGUAAGCUAGAUCAUUCGGAUGAGGAUUUUUAACGAUUACAAAAAACAAUUACAAAAAUUUCAAAAUAUACCGUCCAUGUAAUUAUCGAUCUCUAUACGCACAUUUUUACAAUAACUGUAAAUAGAUGUCAAUAAAAGGUAAUAUAUUAUUAGUCGUCGUGAUCGAAUAAUUUUGACGGUGGUAAAAAAUACUUAAGAGAUAUAUAUAUAUAUAUACACAAUUAUUGUAUAUAUAUGACAUACGCGUGUUAAAUAAUUUGAAAUUCAAUUAUUCAUAUAAUUGUACAUGUACUCCAGACUUAUAUUUGCGAAAUAUAUUUUCAAGGGAAUCAAAAUACAUAUUGUCGUCGUAUAAUAUUUAUUAACUUUAUCAACAUGACGAAACGGCAUGUUGAUUGUGGCUUAGCACCGAUCACAUGUACGUAUUCAUCUAUCCUACAUGUUGUGUACGUAAAUGUAUGUACACUUCAGUGUAUACACAUAUAUACAUAAAUGUAUGUGCGCGUAAAAAAUGUGACAUUAUGAAAGAAAUAGAAACAGUUUGCAAUAUUCAUUGUCAUAACGCUCAAAUCUGUAGUCUCUUAUCUCUAGCUGACCGUAAUACUUCCUCCUUUGUUGCAUCCAUUCUGAGCACAAUUAAUAAUCACAUUUUUCUUGAAAUGUAGCUCCUAUUAUGUAACAACGUUCUCUGAAAUCACUUUAAAGGGCUGAUAAAAACUAUUCGCCAGGCAGUUCGGCAACAAAUAAAAUUGUAAAACGCAACUAAUAAAACACAACUACUAUUAAUCCAUGAUAAAA